AUGAACUGGACUGGUGGCCGUUUACAUCGAUCCUCAUACAAAACAAAACCAUCAUCCAAGGGUGUUCAGCAACAACGCGUUGCCCAAGCUAAACUACGGGUCAUUAAUGAAACUCAGCCCAUUUCGCCUUUCAGAAUCACCACAUGGGCGACAGGCGAGCGAGAAAGCUACGAAGCUGGGUGCCCUGGCUCUAUAGCGACCUCUAGGGAGUAUGGAACAAACACCCGUAAUGAGAACCAAGCGGCACUGUUAAACACUAGCGGUUUGUUGCAAGUGACACAUAACUACGACCGAGAGACAAAGGAUUCUCUUGCAGAUUCCUCUACCACCAUGGUUGACGAGAUGAGGAAGAAGCUGCUGAGAAAGGAAGAUUGGGCAGGCCUUAGCCUUUCGAGACCCUAUAGGUUGAACGCCGCACACGAGCAAGAUAAGAGACGGUUUGGAAGAAGGCAACCUUUGUUUCGGGAAAAUGGAUUUGGUUUACAUACCCCUCAGCAAGCUCCGAAUAAACGGCAAAAGAUGGCACGACCAAGGCGGCGUUCCUCAACUCAACCGAGCUCUGAUGAUAUCAGUGUAUGGGUAGAGCAACAAAGGGGCGAACCUGAGAUUGAACCUCAUCAUUCUGAAAUCUCCAUGUUUCCCCAUGAAUCGGCAGAGUCGAUAUUAUUUGAUACUAACUCAACCAGAGAUAGAGUUGGAAGAUCCAUUAGCACAGCUUCUACAAGAGUCAAGGGCUCGCAGAAUAUAAUCUGCAAUAGCGAUAUUGAAGAACAAGAACAAUAUCAACUGGAUAAUCAGACUGAUGCUUCCCUAUGCCCAGAUAUAUCAAAUAUUCCCGUCCUAGAUCGGCGAGGCUCGUUUGUUACAACCGGUAACCAGACGCGAUAUAUUCCACCACCAAUGCCUACGCCGCAAGUUUCAAGGUGCCUAGAGGGAGAAACUAGAAGUGAAUCAUCAACGGGGAGAGAUGAAAUAUACCCUCGGCAAAAGAGAACUCCGCCGCUCCAGCCGAGAGGCAACGCGCAGAGUAUAAUCUCGAGAGAUCCCAAGUGGAUAGGAGGAGCAGGCAAUCUAAUAGAAUAUCCGCCACGAUAUGUGCUAGACUGCAAUAGCACCAUGGUGCUACAAAGAGAUAUCGCACGCCGCAAAAGACACCAGAAUAUUGAUUAUAUUCAAAAUUAUUCGCUCAAUCGACCCCCGUUGUUACAGAAGUACAUCCAGCCACCGCUUUAUAGCAAAUCUAGAUGCUCUUCCUACGGCCCAAUAUCCUCACCACAUUUAGAUAUACAGGAAAUCCGGGAAAACCAAAAUACUCAUCAGCAGUAUUACGAUUUAAAUGGCCCGACACAGUAUGUGUCUCGUUAUGCUAAUACGGAGCAAAGGCAAGCGGGUUUUUCUCACUCUCUGCCAAAGCCUCAGCCCUGCUAUAGCAACUUAUCCCCAAUUAAGGUCCCUAACCUUCGAGCCUAUAAGGUCUUAGUAUACGGUCAGGAAGUUGAUCUCUCGGAGAACGAUCGUCUGGAGUAA